AUGGCACCGAUAAAAAAAGGAUCAUCAAUCUGUCUUUAUGUCAAUGGUUUCAAGCCAUACUUCUAUGUUCCAGCACCAAAAGGCUUCACUGAGGACUACUGCGGCCAAUUUGUGAAAGAGCUCAACGACCGAGUUGUAAGCAAUCUCGGUUCUCGCGCAGGAAUUAUGAAGGGCGUUACAAAAGCUGUACUCGGAGCAGAAAUGUGCGAGAAGGAAGAUAUCUACGGAUACAACUCACAGGGAAAAGUGCCAUUUAUAAAAAUAACUGUUGCUUCUUGGCAGCUAAUGACGCCGUGUAAAAAUGUGUUGGAGCCGGGAUGGAAAGUGACGACUGACAAUGGUCAAUUUCAUCACAAUUUUAAAAUGUUCGAAAGUCACAUCGAUUACGAAGUCCGUUUCAUGGUCGAUUGCAAAGUCAGAGGAGCGUCUUGGGUAACAGUUCCUCACGGAAAAUAUCAGCGAAGAUGGGAUAAGCAAACAACCUGCUCUAUUGAAGCCGAUGUACACUUCUCUGACUUAAUUCCUCAUGAACCUGAAGGUGAAUGGGCGGACAUCGCCCCCAUGCGAAUCUUCAGUUAUGAUAUCGAAUGCGCAGGACGAAAGGGUAUCUUUCCAGAGCCGGAACAUGACCCCGUCAUUCAAAUUGCUUGUAUGGUGCAAAAUCAAGGUGAACCCUCGCCGUUUAUUCGGAUGAUUUUUACACUGAACUCUUGCAGUCCCAUCGUUGGCAACCACGUCUUCUGCUACGAGAAAGAAAUUGACAUGCUGGAAGGCUUUGCCGAACUUAUUCGUCUCGUUGACCCUGAUAUUAUUACAGGCUAUAAUAUCAUGAACUUCGAUACUUCAUACCUUGUAAACCGAGCGAAUACGCUCAAGAGUAAAACCUUCCCCUUCCUCGGCCGUGUCCGAAACACCGCUUCCAAAGUACGUGAUGCCAAAUUCUCGUCCAAGCAAAUGGGCACGAGGGAAUACAAAGAGGUAAAUAUUGAUGGCAGAAUCCAACUCGACGUCAUGGUCUCUAUCGUUCAAAACUACAAACUCCGAUCUUACAACUUAAACGCAGUUUCCUACCAUUUCUUGAAAGAGCAAAAAGAAGAUGUCCACCAUUCAAUCAUUUCUGAUUUGCAAGCAGGAGAUGAAUCAGAUCGACGACGAUUGGCUGUUUACUGCCUCAAAGAUGCGUUGCUACCACUUCGACUCAUGGACAAGCUGAUGUUUGUGGUGAAUACAAUGGAAAUGGCGAGAGUAACGGGUGUCCCUGUGUCUUAUCUUCUUACUCGAGGACAAUCUGUUAAAGUCAUGGCCCAGCUUCUACGUGAGUCCUCGAUUCGUGAUCUUGUCAUGCCUGUUUUGAAAACAGAGCAGUCUGAUCAGUACGAGGGAGCAACAGUCAUCGACCCGAUCCGUGGCUACUACAAAGAGCCCAUCACGACUUUGGAUUUUGCCUCUCUUUAUCCCUCAAUCAUGCGCGCGCACAAUCUAUGCUAUACAACACUGUUACAAAAUAAAUUAGAGCGCUCGAAACUUUCUCCGGAUCAGUUCAUAAAAACUCCGACUGGUGAUGAAUUCGUCAAACCAGAAGUCCGGGAGGGCCUUCUACCGAUGAUUUUGAAAAAUCUUCUUGAAGCUCGAGGAAGAGCGAAGAAAGAACUCAAAAUCGAGAAAUGUCCUUUCAAGAAAAAAGUGUUGGAUGGUCGACAGCUUGCUCUGAAAAUUUCGGCCAACUCUGUCUAUGGUUUCACCGGAGCGCAGGUUGGAAAGCUUCCGUGCUUGCCAAUAUCUGGAUCUGUUACCGCUUUUGGCCGAAUGAUGAUUGACGAGACAAAGAGACACGUUGAGGCAAACUACACCAGAGCCAACGGAUACGAGCAUGACGCCCAAGUUGUUUACGGUGAUACUGAUUCUGUCAUGAUCAAAUUCGGAACAGACUCGAUCGCGAAAUCCUUUGAGCUUGGUACUGAGGCAGCAAAAUUUGUUACGGCCAAAUUCAUCCAACCAAUCAAACUGGAGUUUGAAAAAGUCUACUGUCCGUAUCUUCUUAUCAACAAAAAGCGAUACGCAGGGCUUUACUACUCAUCCAAUCCGGAGAAGCAUGAUAAGAUGGAUUGCAAGGGUAUCGAAACUGUCCGUCGUGAUAAUUGCCGACUUGCUUCUGAGCUCAUCUCCAAAUGCCUUGACAUGAUGUUGAUCAACCGGGACCCAGAAGGCGCGGUUGAGUACGCAAAAGACACCAUCAGAGAUCUUCUUCUCAAUCGAGUUGAUAUCUCCAAGCUAGUCAUCACAAAAGAACUGACGCAGAAAGCCGAGGGAUACGCUUCAAAGCAGGCACACUGCGAACUCGCCGAACGAAUGCGAAAGAGAGACCCAGGAUCCGCACCGCAGCUCGGUGAUCGAGUACCCUAUGUGUUCAUCAAAAAGCCAAAGAACACACCUGCUUAUGAGAAGGCAGAAGAUCCGCUCUAUGUGCUUGACAACUCAGUUCCAAUCGAUGCUGAACAUUAUCUUCACCAUUCGCUUGAAAAUCCUCUUCUUCGGAUUUUCGAGCCUGUUCUUGGUGAAGCAAAGGCGAAAUCCGUACUUUUCAAGGGAGAUCACACUCGAGUCAAAGCUGUGACGACUUCAAAAGUUGGUGGACUUUUCAAAUUCACCCAGAAGCGAGAGACAUGCAUGGGAUGCAAAGCGGCGAUGCCAAAGGGUGUUGAUGGAAAUGUCUGCCCGAGCUGCAAAGAGAACGAAAUCGAGCUCUACUUGAGCCACAAGGCGGAGCUCGAUGAUCUUCGAAUUGAUUUUAACAAGCUCUGGAGCCAGUGCCAGCGCUGUCAGAAGCACAUGCAGAAGGAAGUUCUUUGUUCCAACUGCGACUGUCCGAUUUUCUAUCGCCGAAAGAAAAUCCGCUCCGAUCUGAUGAAAGCAGAAAAGGCUGUUGCCAAAUUUGGUCCCAUCGACUGGUGA